AUGUGUGACUAGCAUAAUACUAUUGCAAUUAUUAUUCAUUAUCAUUUUUAAGAUUCGUUUUUCGCUCUUAAAUAAUUAAGGAAGAACUCCAUUUUUGCUCCAUCUAACUUGAAGGUAAUUAUUUCCUUCUAUAAUAAUUAGAAACUUGAUUUUUGA